UCGUCCUGUUAUUCCUCUCUCUCUCUCCCACGCCACCAGAAACCCUCAUGGCCCUUAUUCAAUGAUCUUUGUCUAGGGUUCGAUCUUGGUAAUUUUCUUCCUUUCUCGAUUGAGGGGGAGUCGUUUCACAGCUCGUUGGCAAUGGCGGAAUUGGACUCCAACCUCCUGGAGGAGCUUGUCCGCGGCCACCUCGACGGAUGUAUGACCGCCGCUGCCCUCGCUUCUUCUUCCUCCUCCUUCUGCGUCGGCGACGACGACCAGCUAGUCCGGCGGCGUCGCCGCUCCGUCCUCGACGGCGACGAGCUCGCCGAGUCCUCCGCGGCGGCGCGCCGGCACUCCCGCAUCCUCAGCCGCUGGGCCGCCCGCCAGGCCGAGGAGAUGAUCACCACCAUCGAGCAGCGGAACCGGGAGACCGAGUUGAUGGCGCUCGCCGGCCUCCACACCGUCUCCAUGCUCGACUCGUCCUUCCUCCGGGAGCCAGGGCGGUCCCCCUCCUCGUCUCCGGUGGAGCGUCCCGCGGCAGCCCGCGCGUCGUCCAUCCUCCAGAUGUGGCGCGAACUGGAGCACGUUACGGCUUCUGCAAGGGGGCGGAGGGAUGCCGCGACGGACUCUGUGGACGGCGAUCGGAGCCGCGGCGACGUCCGGCAGCUAGGCGGCAGCUCGGCGGCCGCGAGCGAGAGCGAGUAUAACGGUUACGACCGGUGGACUCAUGGGGGCAUGGAUUUAUCGCGACGGCCGGGUGAGGAGGAGGACGAUCAGAGGUCGAGCAGGGAGCAAUCACCUGACCUCGGGGAUGGCGAGAGGGAGAGAGUGAGGCAGAUCGUUCGUGGAUGGAUGACAGAGAGCGGGAUGUCGGACACCGAAUCAAGAAUCUCUCCGAGAAACGACACCCAGAGGGCUGAGUGGCUUGGGGAGAUUGAAAGGGAGAGGGUGAGGUUGGUGAGGGAGUGGGUGCAGAUGGCCAGCCAGCAGCAGAGAGAUGCUCGGACUAGCAGGAGAGAGAGCGAGAGGGAGAGGAAUCAUGAUGGAUCAGUCACGGAUCAUGAGGACGGCCAGCCAGAGCAUGUCCAAAGAGAGUUGCUGAGGCUGCGAGGGCGGCAGGCCCGACUUGAGCUGAUCGUGAGGAUGAUGGCAGAGAGGCAGAGGGAGCUUCAGAGCUUGUCGGAGCAUCAUGCAGUUUCCGAAUUUGCUCAUCGUAGUCGUAUUCAAUCACUACUCAGAGGUAGAUUCUUAAGAAAUGAAAGGCCAAGUGAGGAUGAUGAAGAGAGACAGCCUUCAGUAGCAGCAAGAGAAAUAGGUCAGCUCAGACAACGUCAUCGUGUAUCUGGUCUAAGAGAGGGUUUUCGCUUCAGAUUAGAGAACAUUGUUCGUGUUCAAGCAAACAGCCAUAAUGAUGCUUUGGCAAGUCAGAACUUUGCUACUGCUAGAACUGAUCAUUCUCAAGAAGGCACUACCCUGGAGCUACCUAAUGAUAAUCAGCACCAGAACCAAUCUAGAACUGAGGACAUUAAUUCGCAUCAACUGAUCCAAACACAUGCAACAACCGAAUUGGAGACUAGCCGUACCGGUAAUACUAUCAACAUGGAGGAAUCUGGUACUCAGUUGGCUGGUUUACACGAAGAAGCAGCACAGGAGACGAGAGAUUCUGAAGCAAGUACUGAGGUUGGUUUCAGUGAGUGGCAUGCAGAUGCUGGAGAUGAAUUUGAUGGAAACAGGCAGGAAAAUGUAGUCCAAGACUGGUCACAUGACACAUCAGAGAACAGAGAUGAAGAGGACAGCCAUCUUCCAGAAGUGCACGAGGAAUGGCAUGAAGAUGAAUCUCAUGAUACUGAAGAGACCUGGCAUGAUGAACAGUCUGAUGAUUUAAGAGAUCCAAGAUCAAGUCCAACUAGAAGAGUUAGUAGAUUUAUUCCACCUGAUGAUGAAAAUGUGUAUAGCAUGGAACUCAGGGAACUCCUAAGCAGGAGAAGUGUUUCUAAUCUUCUUCAUAGUGGUUUUCGUGAAAGCCUAGACCAAUUGAUACAGUCCUACAUUGAACGGCAAGGCAGAGCUCCUGUUGAUUGGGAUCUGCAAAGAAGCUUGCCUUCUCCGAAUUCACCAGAAGAUGAGGACAACCAAGAUGAUGAUCUAAAUCAGGAAAUUCAGGAUGUUGUAGACAGACCUCAAAGUGUGUUUCCACCUCCACCACUGCCGCCCCGACAACCUAUAUGGCGCACAGGCCUACAUCACAACAAUUGGUCCAGACAAAACAUGCAUCGAUCGGAAAUUGAGUGGGAUGCUAUUAGUGAUUUAAGGGCUGACAUGGCUAGACUACAACAAGGGAUGAGCAAUAUGCAGAGAAUGUUGGAGGCUUGCAUGGACAUGCAACUAGAGUUGCAGCGUUCUGUUAGACAGGAAGUUUCUGCCGCUUUGAAUCGUGCUGUUGGAAGACAAGGUGUGUGUGAGGAGUCAUCCGAUGAUGGAUCCAAAUGGAGUCAAGUUAGGAAGGGCACCUGCUGUAUCUGCUGUGAUAGUCAGAUAGAUUCCCUUCUGUACAGAUGUGGGCACAUGUGCACUUGUUGGAAAUGUGCUAAUGAAUUAAUCCGAAGUGGUGGCAAGUGUCCGUUGUGUCGUGCGCCCAUCGUUGAGGUGGUCCGUGCCUAUUCGAUACUGUAAUGUGAAGGAAACUCAUCAUGAGAGAAGAAGAAUAGGAAUAUGAGUUGCUGACAGCCGAGUAUUGCGAGUGUCGACUGACCGAGGAGUCGAGCAACCUGAAGCUGUACAUUAUUAUUUUUGUGCCUCUGUUGUUCUUGUGGUUUUUGGAGCAGGCAAAAUGUUUCAAGUGGAAUGGCGAAAUGGCACCUUUUGUAAUGUUCAAUGUUACAUUGGUAUGAUUCUUCGUGUAAUCUACAUUUAGCAAGCUUUCCAUGCAAAUGUUCUGCAUGGAAAGGUCUGCUUGUGAAUAGAUGAAUAAAUGUGGCACGACAAAUGGUGAUGGUUAA